ACGAUGUUCAUCUCUCCGCUGCUGAGACUUUUAAUCCACUGUACCUCUGCUAAACUUCGCUGAAGUUGUUACUGCUGCUGAACAAACCUGCGUGUGAUUCUUGCCUUGUAUGUGCGCAUGUCGGCUUUCUAAAGGAACAGAAAAUGGCCAAGAAACACAAACACAGUCCUGUUCAGAGGACCAACGACAGCAGUAUCGUUAGCAAGUGCUCAAUGGCUUCCAAAGGAUACGUGACGGACCAUUUCACCGGACUUUUCGUGGCCAAAUGCGCUCGGAGAUCGCCUCUCAUCAACCGCGGCUACUACGUUCGAGCCAAGUGCAUGACUCAGCUCUUCGAAGCCUUCCACUCCGCCUUCGGGAACGAGACGUGCCAAGUCCUGUCCCUGGGUGCAGGCUACGACGCCAACUACUUCAGGCUAAAAGCGGCCAGCGCGUUGCCCGUAAACUGUCGUUACUUCGAAGUGGACCUGUCGUUAGUCGUCGCCAACAAGAGAGGCAUCAUCGAGAGUUCUACCGAGCUUCGUUCGCUAGCCAACGCGCUGACUUCGGGGUCCCGGUCGCAGUACAGUCUCCUGGGCCAGGACAUUCGCGACGUCGUAAGUUUGGAGUCCGGGCUACGAGCCGCAGGCCUUGACUUUAGCGUGCCAACACUCGUGAUAGCGGAGUGCGUGCUUUCGUACCUGGACACGAAGCAUUCCGACCGUCUCGUCCAGUGGACGUCUAGCGCGUUUGACAUCGUGGCCCUGGCGGUGUACGAACAGGUGGAACCGAAGGACGCCUUCGGAAUCGUCAUGACGGGGCACUUCGAGUCGCUCGGCUCACCGCUCAAGUCCCUGCGCGAUUACCCGAACGUGGCGUCUCUCAGGGACAGGUACUUGUCGCUCGGUUACGAGUCGUGCGAAUGCAUCAGCGUGUCCGAGUACCUCGGCACGCUGGACGCCAAGGAAGUUUCACGGUUCCAGGGACUCGAGCCUUUCGACGAAUUCGAGGAGUGGCUCGAAAAAUGCGCCCACUACGCUUUCGCCGUGUCCAGGAAAGGACGGGCCUUCGAUGCCUUUCUUCCAGAAGGCUUCGCUCGGCAUGACGUCGCUGGUACGCCCGCAAUCUCGACCUUAGGGCCGGUAGAGUGGACGCUUCACGGCGUGGACUCGAGCUUGCGUAGGUUCGGCCACUCGUCCGCACUGACUACAGACGGCAAAGUGAUCACGGCAGGCGGCUUCGCCGAAAACGCCGGAAAACACUCGCGCGUCUUCGAGGCUGUCCUGACAGACCCAACGACCUUCCACUCAGAACCCAUCGGCGCGUGCUUUGAGGGUAGACAGCACUUCGCCAUGUUGUGUUUAGACGACGGCUGCGUUUUGGUAAACGGCGGUCGCACGUCGCCUCUUCGAUCUUGCGACACCGACGUCGCCUUGACCCCUUCUCGAGACGGGUCGUACGUAGCCGAGAGGUCGCAGUUUGCUCAUACACCUACUCCAAGAUGGAGGCACACCCUGACAAAGCUCAGAAGUGCAGAGGGCCGCGAGCAAGCAGUCCUGUUUGGUGGUCGGACACCGUGCGACGCUGCAUUGAGCGACACUCACGUCCUAGACGUCAUCGAAGGGUCGUGGAGCGAAGUGCCUGAAGGUGUAGUGUGGCCCGAGCCACGACACAGCCAUGCCGCUGUUGCUGCCGAAGAUCAGUCCUCUGUGAUCGUCACGUGUGGCUUAUCGAGCAGCGAGAAACCUCUUAACUGCGUGUACAGUUUUGACAUUGCUACGCUAAGCUGGGAAGAGAUUCCUGUGGAAGGCCUCCUACCUAGGUUCGGUCAUACCGCACAUCUCGUACGCCCGACCACAGUGGUGCUUGUCGGCGGAGUGAGCGGCAGGAGUGGAGAACCCUGUGGUCUGGCAACCAUAGACCUGGUUUCCAUGGUCUGCAGGGAAGUGUCACUCCCAGGGCAGGACCCAGAACACCCCUUUAUGACCUUUGGCCACAGCAGCGUGCUUAUCGAAGAUUCCAACAAUAACUAUAAAAUUCUCGUUAUUGGUGGCGGAGGAAACUGCUUCUCGUUUGGCACCCACUUCAACCGCUACGUUGCAACGAUCGAUGUGAGAAGACUGUUGGAGUGUGAAUCGUGUGCAGCUUUAUUUUGAACAGAUGCUACAGUAGAUAAUGUACAGAUGACAAUUUGCUCCACCUAGACUUCCUGCUCCUUUGGACUUUUGCCAUCGUGCUCAUACCACAAAAUCCAGGAAAACCAAUGCUUCUCGAAUGUGGACAUAACAUCUGCAGCUUUCAGGCCCUGAAAUUCAAGUGUCCAUCUAUUAGCUGCAACAACUUCAGUCUUGGAGGAGUACCCCAAGUCAUUUAUUUACUGGUCACUGAACACCCAUUCAACAUCACUUUCUUA